AUGAUGCCUCUUGCUUUUCUUUACUGUCUCAUCCCACUGGUGUCUGCUGCUUCCUGGGAGGAAAAUACUCUCAUUAGGUUGUCUCAGAGUUUAGCCAGAAGUAGUAAUUUAAGUAAUUGUUGGAUAUGUCAUUUGAAAUCUGAAACCAUCCAGGAAAACUAUGUCCCAUUUGUGAUCCCUGUAACUGAGUUUUAUACUGUGCCAGAACCCAUAACCUACUAUAAUCUUCCUCCUUCAGGCCUCACAUUCCAAGUUAAUCUAAUUCAGGCAAUUCAGAAUAUGCCAACACCUUGCUUCAACCUGUCUGAAGUAAUUUCCAUUGGAGGGCAAGUUACUACAGGUCCCCCGCGUUCCCUCGAUUUUCUCCUGAAAAAAUGUGAUGACCAAAAUCCCGUGAAUUGUACACUUGACAAAUGUGUAAGGGCUAAAAAUGACACGAAUUUAUGCCAGAAAGCCAGACAAGUUGGAUAUCAUGUAAACGGAAUAUGGAAGGCUUGCAGUGGCACUGACCCCUGGCUUGAUAACAUAAUCUCUGAACUCCCCAAAAAUGAAAGAAUUGAUGACACUACCAUGGGAGGUAUAACUUGCUCCCCUCCAGGAUAUAUCUUUGUCUGUGGCACAGGGAGUGACUCACCAACUCAAGGAUGGGCAUUUCGCUGCUUAGACAGCUGGGAAAUUGAAGGGUCAUGCCUACUGGGAUAUUUUAGGAUCCCUUUCUCCUUGCACAGCGUGGAGAGCAUCACUUCCCUCUCUAAAUCAAACACACAUCUUAAAAGAGAGAUAUUGGAAGGGUAUGAGGACAAUAUAGGACAAAGUAUUUUUGGCAGCUCCAUACCAUCUUCCAGACUUUAUGUCAAUAGAGAUAUGAUUCAUAACCUAUCUGACACAAUUGGGCAAAUUGCUGAGGACAUAGCUAAAAGUAUUGCAGCCCAACAAACAUCUUUGAACUCAUUGGCUCGAGUGGUCCUGGAUAAUAGAAUAGCCCUUGACUUCCUGUUGGCAAAACAAGGAGGAGUAUGUGCAGUGGCUCAUACCACAUGCUGUACAUACGUCAAUACCUCUGGAGAAGUUGAAACCCGAGCCAACAGAAUAAUUCAAAAGGCUACCUGGUUACAGGAUGUACGUAAAGAGGACAUGCACCAGGACUUAUUUUCCUGGGUACUAUCUGGAAUAGGGGGACUCUUUUGAGUACUGUUCCAAGGCUCCAUUUGAUCAUCAUCCUCUUUUCAAUGUGUUUAUUAAUUUUCAAAUAUUUGUCCAGAUGCUAUGGCAAAGUGGUCAAAGAGAGAGAUAAUGUGUUCAUAAUGCAAAAUACUUAUGCUAGGCCUGGGACUUGAGAAUUCUUUGAAAACAAGGUCCAAGUCUUUCUCUCCUCUAAUCCUGAAGAAUUGACAUCGCCCCUGUUCAGCAGGAAGUAGCCAGAGCGGUCGUCGCCCCAUUCCCCUCAGGAUUGAGGAUUAUCGAAGAGAAGAGGGAACUGAAACGGAGUAGGAACCUGCAGGGCCUUCCUGGGUAUAAUCCCCUCUUGUCCCCACUUCUUGUUUGUAGAAAAAGCUUGAGUUUUUGAGGCCUUCCCAGAGUUCUAAAGAGCAGACUCAAGCAGUUAAUGAUUACAGAAGUGAGGAAAUGCAGAAACAAAGGAAAAGCAAUCAAGCAAGAAAAGUUCAGCCAUAAAACAGAAUCAUGGGACUCCUAGUUCCUCCUCAAGGGAUAUAGAUAACAAUCUGAUGCAACGUAUCUCUGAGUUGUUUUACAGAAACCAAGACCCCAUGAUGAAACCUGAUGACCACAGCUAAGGAGACCUAGGCAAGUUGGAGCCAGAAGAGUGAUGAUCAAGAUGCCAGAUAUCACUUUGUUGCUUAACACCCAACCAAUCAGAAGAAUCCAUGAGCUAAUUACAUGCUUAAGACCCUUAUCCUUAAUUUUAGUCUUUAAAAACACUUGCCUGAAAGCCAUCAGGGAGUUCAGGUCCUUUAAGCAUUAGCUGCCCAUUCUUCUUGCUUGGCACCCUGCAAAUAAAUGCUGUACUUUCCUUCAUCACAA